UCUGUCCUCCCACUCUUCCAUAGAACAUUCUUUUUGGGUGAUCUCUGUGACUUUUAUUUUCUUCUUGACAUCCCCACUUUGUGUCCAGGGUGAUUUGAAUGCUUAGCAGGUGCUUAUGGUUAAGAGAAGCCCCCAAUGAGAUUUUCUUUCAAAGCAUUCUGGGAGGGCGUAGAACGGCAAAGAGGCAAAAAUUAUCAAUUGAGAAAAUUUGAGUUUUUUUUUUGGUGGGGAGAGAGAGAAGCACUUGUAUAUAAAAUUGUGAUGUGUCAAUUGCAUUGCCAUUCUAUCGGAUUUCGCAGUGAGUUUCUUUUUAGUGAUGUGAGUGAUAAGUGAGUGAAGAAAAAUUAGAGUGAAUGGCAAUUCUUUUUUUGCUAAUUGACAAAUUACAGAUAUUAUUACAAAUUACUGGAAUCAUAAACAAAAUAUUGGAACAGUGAAAAUUACUAAAUAGAAUUGUAAAGUGUGACUAUUUUUUUGGUGAAAAAAAGGUGGACUAAUAAAAAAAGUGACAAUGAAAAUUUACGGAUCACAUCAAUGGCUUCAUUUGUUAAGCCUAUUUAUUCUAGUUCAAGUAUUUGAAGGUGAUUGCCAUCGAUUUGGAUAUACUCAAGCUGAACAGAGAAGAUGGGCUAAAAAACAUGGAUAUUGUGCGGGGAAAUAUCAAUCACCUAUUGCAAUAAAUUCGAGAAAAGCAAUUCACUUAACAAUGCCAGCGUUGGAACUUGUAGGGUAUCAUAAUUUGCUCCCAGGUCCGAUUUUAAUUCAUAACAAUGGGCAUUCGGUAUCCUUGACAAUUCCCAAGCCAUCAAAAGCUCAGGUGGACAUGGGAGUUGAGCAUCCGUACAUUUUUGGUGGGAAACUCAAGAAUCAGUACGAACUGGAGGGAUUGCAUUUCCACUGGGGAGAUAAGAAUAAUCGAGGUGCUGAGCAUGUUCUCAAUGACAUUCGAUAUCCCAUGGAAAUGCAUAUAAUUCAUCGGAAUCGAAAGUACAAGGAUGUAGCUGAAGCUCUGAAAUAUGGAGAUGGAUUGACAGUUUUGGGCUUUUUCUAUCAAAUUCACGAAUACGACAGUCCAGAUUUGGCCACAAUUGUCAAGAAUUUGAGUCCAGUUUCUGAUUUUGAUAGGACUUACUCCCUGAAUUUCACCUUUUCCCUCUCAUCGCUUAUCUCAACCGUUAGUACAGAACGUUUUUACACGUACAAAGGAUCACUGACAACACCACCCUGUUCUGAGGCCGUAACAUGGAUUCUCUUCCCUGAUCCACUUCCUGUUUCAGUUGCGCAAAUGAAUAAAUUCCGUCAGCUAUCAAAUGGCAUCGAGGGAUCAGUUCUUGUGGACAACUAUCGGGCUCUUCAACCCCUCGGAAAUCGACGAGUUUUUGUCCGGAAAGUCAACGAAAGGAAUACUCAUCUGAAUACAAUUGAUAAGAAUCUGCACUACAAUAAAUGGGAUUGGCUGUAUUGAUUUAAAAUUUGAUCUAUUUAAAAAAGUGACGAAAAUACAUUGAUUUUUGCAAGGAAACUCAGAAUUGUAGAUAAUGAUAUUACUUUUUUUUGUUAAGGGUGGGAAAAUGUGCAAUGAAAGAGCAGAGAUGGGAAAUGUUUAUGACCUCUCAAGAGAGCCAACAUUAUCUUUAUGAUUUUUCGGGAUCAAUUAAAUGACAAUAUUUUGUCUGGCUGACUUUGUGAAGUUGUAAAACCAAAAAAUUUUAUAGUCUAAUUCAGUUGCUGAUAAGAACUUUUUUCUUUAAAAUGCACAGAGUUAACAACUUGAACGUGAUCAAUUGUUGAUUAGCUGUGCGAUUAAGAUAUCUGUGGAAAACUUAUUGUUAAUAAAAAGAGCUUGGGGCAGCUUCGUACAGAAAUUACGGAUUUGCAUUUUAGUACAAUUUUUAGUACAUGCAUUUUAGUACAAUACACAGUUAAAGUAAGACAAAAACUUCCUACAUCCUUUUUAUGAUGUUAGUUCGAAUGAAAAACGAAAAUCUUUCUCUUGAACAUUUAGCUGAGUUUUUUAGCACAUGACUGUUCUCAAAUGGCUCUGCUUAAUCGACUUUUAUAUUUGGAUUGGUGUCUGCCCACUGAGAAAAAAAAUAGUGUGCGAUUAACUUUUUUUCCUCAUAACUAACACUUUUUAAGUGUUAAAAUAUAUCAACAUUUUUUAAUGUUAAUUUUACACCUUUGUAAGGGUAAAAUUAACAUCAAAAAGGGUAACUUUAACCCCUAAUACACUUAAAAAGCAUAAUAUUUACACCGAUUUCGUAUCAAUAAUGCAGGGUAAAAUUAACAUUUCCGGAAUGUUAUUUUAACUUUUUCGGAUUUCUCUCACUCAGUGUCAGAACUAUUUCGUGGUUUUAAAACACGACGAGGACUGGAGAAAACAGUCGAGACAAGAAUUAACAUAAUGAAAAGUCGAUAAUGCAGAAGCACUGGGGAAUACUACUCCUGAACAUUUUUUAUAUUUCUUAAUGAAACAGUGAAUAAUUCUAUUGAUUUAGAAGAAGUAAAAAAGAAUUUCGUCAGUCCAAAAACAAGCGUUUAUGUAGCACUCUUCGGAAAACGAUCCAGUUACCCCAUCUUACUAUAUUUUGAGAUAAUUUUUUUUAAAAAAUAUUUCAUAUCUUUUUUUUAUAAUUUAAAAUUCUGAAAAUAAUUAUAAAAUUUAAAAAAAAAAUCAAGUUUAAUUUGCAGAAAUACACUUUAAGAGAUUUUUUGUGUGUGUAACCUAAUACCGGCUACGGCUUCCGACCUAAGGUUUAGCCAUAGGGCUGAACUUUUCUAAAUUCCCAUCUAGUAAGAUUAUUGAGAAAAUUUUGACUUAAAAUUAGGGCAGAUGAUCCAUUAGACUUUGUAAAACUAGUAAAAUUGCUUGUUAUUCAGAAUUUCGAGCGACGGGGGAAUUGGGCUAAACGGGCUAAACUUUUAGUGUAAUACGGGCUUCAGACCUAAGGCUUAGCCAUAUGGCUUAGCUGCUCUAAUUUCUUAUCAAUCACGACUUUUGGAAAAAUUUAACUUAGAAUUGGAUUUUUGAAGAUAAAUGACCUAUUAGUUUCUCAAAAACCAAUACAAUGGCUCGCUAUUGAGGAUUUUGAGACUUUCGGGAAUUGGGCUAAACCUGAACUCUGAAGACCGCAUAAGGCCGGCUUAAGAGAAUCUACGUUCACAAAACUUUCAAUACAAGAAUGUCAAACUCCUAUCACUUCCUUUGAAUUUCAAAGGUGUUGCGAGAAAGCUUUAAAUUCCAAACCUUUUUAAGAAGUGAAAUUAUGAAAUAUUAAGAGUAAUCUGAGCUAAUUUUUUUUUUAGUUUUUCAUUAAAUAUUUAAGGUCCUUGUCUCAAAAUUGGGAAGGCCUUUGCUAUUGAAAAACAAAAACGUUUUGUAAAGUUUCACUGAACUUUAUUUAGUUUAUCUUCUGGGAAUUGAGCAAACCAAGACGUAUAAUUCUGCCCCAAUUUCCCUUUUAGAGAGAUAUAGACUUUGUUGAAAGUUUCUAUAAAUUCUACUUAAACUAUUCCAGAAAGUUUUUAACUCUUCCAAACAAGGUCAGUCGGUGGUUUGAAAACGUGUUCAGUUCAAUAUAGUACUAAAAAAAAAAAUUUAUUUUCAAGGUCUUUAAUAAGUUUACCUUACAUAAAAAAGUUAUUAUAAUGAGUAUUUUAAAUCUUAUGCUCCUCACAGAAACUUAUCAAUUAUUGUACUAAGCCUAUCUUCAAUUUUGUGAGUAUUGUUAGAGAGUAUGGAAGUAAAUUUUAAGAAAUUUGUUGAUUGUGUAAAGUAAUAAUCUCUGCAAAAAUUUAUCGAUUUUCGUCUCAAUAAAAAUUAAUUGUUAAAAAAUAAUGUAAAUAAAAUCAAAUGAUCACUAAAAUGAUUUUAGAGAUCAGAAUGUCCCAGAGUUAAA